GCUGGAUAACAAGUUACAGACAUCAAAUCGAUACGUAACUGAGUGGCUAAGUGAGCUCCAAGAUGCUGUGGACGAUGCAGAAAACUUAUUGGAAGAGAUCAACUAUCAAGUUCUCAAGCUCAAGGGUCGAAGAUAUCCUUCAUACCCUGAAAGCCUUGGAAGCACAAAUUGGUAACCUUCGCCAGCUGGGAAACUCUGGUUCGAGUAAACAUGAAACUCCUAAGCGACACCCUACGACAUCUAUAGUUGAUGAAUCUGAUGUGUAUGGGAGGAAAAAUGAAAUUGAGCAAUUGGUUAAUCGCCUACUUUCUGUUGAUAUAGAUGGUGAAAAACCAAGUGUAAUUACUAUUGUUGGCUUGGGUGGGCUUGGCAAGACUACUCUUGCUAAAGUUGUUUACAAUGAUCCAAGGGUGCAAAACCAUUUUGAUUUGACAGCUUGGGUAUGUGUUUCUGAACAAUAUGAUGCUCUCAAAGUUACAAAAACACUACUGGAAGAGAUUGGUUCAUCAGGCUCAAUUGCUGAUGACAAUCUUAAUCAAAUGCAAAUCAAGCUGAGGAAACAAAUAAAAGGGAAAAAGUUUCUUUUUGUUUUAGAUGAUAUUUGGCACGACAACUAUAUUGACUGGGUUGACUUGAAGAGUACUUUUGUGCAAGGAGAAAUAGGAAGCAAGGUCAUUGUGACGACGCGUAAGGAUAGUGUUGCCUUGAUGAUGGACACUGAGCCGAUGUAUUUGAAGACUCUGUCAAGUGAGGAAUCUUGGAGUUUGUUCGAGAGGCACGCAUUUAAGAAUAAAGAACUCCGUGAACAUCCAGAACUUCAAGAAGUGGGUAAAAGAAUUACAGACAAGUGCAAAGGGUUGCCUUUAGCUCUAAAGGCAGUAGCCGGUCUCUUACGUCUAAAAUCAGGGAUUGAAGAGUGGAGAAUUGUUUUGCGAAGUGGAAUAUGGGAGCAAUCACUAAUUUCUUCCGCAGGCAUAUUACCCGCAUUACAACUGAGCUACAAUGAUCUUACCCAGAAUUUGAAGCGUUGUUUCGCCUACUGUGCAAUAUUUCCUAAAGAUUUUGCGUUUGAUAGAGAAUAUGUUGUUCAAUUGUGGAUUGCUAAUGGUCUUGUGCAACAACUUCAAACAGAUAAAACAAUUGAAGAUACAGGCAACAGGUAUUUUCUUGAACUGUUAUCAAGGUCGUUAAUCGAACAGGAGUCCAAGAAAUUCAUGAUGCAUGACCUUGUUAAUGAUUUGGCACAAUUUGUGUCCUCGAAUCUCUGUCUUUGGUUGGAAGAUCUCCAAGGAUCUCAUUUGUUGGAAAGGGCUCGACAUCUAUCUUACUCUAUGAAAUACCAUGAAAAGUUUGAGAAAUUUAAACUCCUCUACAAUCUAGAGCAAUUGAGGACGUUGCUACCAGUAAAUCAAUUUAUGUUUAAUUGGUGUCAUCUGGACAAGGAAGUGCUACACAAUAUAUUUCCAAAGCUGGUAUCCUUGAGAGUGUUAUCAUUGUCUAACUAUUAUAUCACCGAGCUACCUGAUAUCUUGUUCAUCAAACUGAAUCAGUUAAGAUUUCUGGACCUUUCUUAUACUCAUCUAAUAGAGUUGCCCGCUUCAACUUGUGUGCUAUAUAACUUACAAACAUUGUUGUUGUCACAUUGUCAAUAUCUUGUUGCAUUACCAUCAAAGAUGGAAAAUUUGAUCAGCUUGUGUUAUCUUGAUAUCCGAGCCUCUCCUCUCUUAAAAAUGCGGCUAGAAGAAAGCAAGUUGAAAUUUAUCAAUGUUUUAUUAGGAGCUAAGUGUGUUAUAGGUGGAUGUGAUGGUAUGGGGAUUGAAGAGUUGGGUGACUUCCACAACCUCCAUGGGUCAUUAUCAAUCUUAGAGCUGCAAAAUGUUGGCAAUGGGAAGGAGGCUGCCAAGGCAAAAUUGAGCAACAAAGAGCACCUUGAAGAACUAUCGUUUGAGUGGAGUCAGAUGGAACCUGAUGAUUCACAAGUUGAGCGAGACAUACUCGAUAAUUUGAGCCCAAGUACGAAGAUAAAGGAGCUCAAAAUAGGUGGAUAUCGAGGAACAAAAUUUCCAAAUUGGUUAGGAGAUCAAUCAUUUUGUACGCUGGUGAACUUGUCUCUCGAGAACUGCAAUAACUGUGAUUCGUUGCCAGCAUUAGGACAACUUCCUUCUCUGAAAUUCCUUAUCAUUCAAGGGAUGCAUGGAAUAUCAAAAGUGACUGAAGAAUUCUAUGGAAGUGAGUCUUCAAAAGAGCCAUUUCAAUCUCUAGUGGAACUUAAAUUUAAUUGUAUGCCGGAGUGGAAGGAAUGGCAUGUGUUAGGGAAAGGAGAGUUCCCUAAACUUGAGUAUCUUUUCAUUAAUGAUUGUCCAAAGUUGAUUGGAAAGUUACCAGAAAAGCUUUGUUCUUUAAAAAUGUUGAAUAUUUGGAAAUGUCAGGAACUCAUCUUGGAGGAUCACUGCCAACUUAAUCAGUGCGAUAAUCUCCAUGACUUCGCAGUUACUCAUCUCAAGGUUAGUAACCGCCUGAAGCCUAGAAGGCUUUUAAUUCCAACUGGGCUUAAGGAUUUCAGAGUGUGAAAGUCUUGAACAGUGAUCAAUACUCAACACAAAAGCAAGAGUCUGAUGCCAUUUCCGCUAGGAGGUUUGGUUGCUCCCAAUUUAAAGGUGCUUCCAGAACUUAGGUAGACAUGUGAUUGUCCAUCUCUUGAGAAAUUGGUGACAUGUGAUUGUCCAGAAAUUGAUUCUUUCCAGAAGGGGGUUUGCCCUUCAGUUACAAAGCUUUGUGUUGUCAAUUGCAAUAAACCCUGAAUGGACAAAAGAAGUGGCGUUUACAGGAACUCCUCAGUCUGAGAGAAUUAGUUAUUGAGGAAAAUGAUAGCGACAAAGUUGGGGAACUGCAUAGAAAAAUUUUGAAGACUUGAGUCAAGCAACCUGAGAACACUAAACAGCAAAACUCUGGAAAGCCUCAUCUCUCUGGAAACUCUACAUAUUGAACAAUUCCAUAAGAUACAGUCAUGACUGAGAAAAGAUUGGUUAUCGAGGAUGUUAACAUUGACCAAUUAGAGGAUUGAUGAUGAAGAAACAGUGACUCAGCUACGAAUUUGGAGUUGAAGAGUAUGUACAUCUUGAGCCUGGUGAUGACCAUGCUGCUUUGGAAACAAUACUGUGUAAAACUGGGAUUCAACAGUAAAACUGGGAUUCUUCGGUCACAAGUUAGUCAGCUUAUGCAACAAUGUAACAGAUGAGAAUCCUGGAAAUUUAUUCUCAAGCACUGAUGAAUCAAAAUUGCUUCUAACAAGUAAUGCCUUAGCAAAUUCUGCUCUAAGUUCUUUUGCUCGGCUGACGACGCUCUUGUAUUUUGAAUUUAUAAUAUGUGAUGUAGACUUUGUCCGCCCUGCAGUUUGGAGUAUUGAGAUUUGAAAGAUGUCAGGAGAAUUCAUCACCGGAUUUUUGGGGUUGUGUGGCAUAAAUUUCAGUUAUCUCCGAGGUGUAAAAAGCAGUGAAACAAAGGGGGGGAAAUCACAUAUGAAGAGUGGGAAAAGGAACUAACAGUGGCCAAGAGUUCUCGCAUCCGUGAC